CUAGUCGUCCAGCCCGCCCGCACAACCUUCACGCUCCAGGCAAGCAUUCAUUGUCAACUGUUCCUGUCGCGACCCCAGCGCUACAUUAAGCCUUUCGCUGUCCCGAACCAUCCUCCCACCCUUCGUUCUGAGUGACAUCUAGCUCAUGAUUCGACCCCACAUCGGAGCCUUUUGACUCGCGUCUGCCUUGGGCCACUCUGAGGGCAAAAGAGACAAGCCGCGCCCGUCUUCUCUCGCGACCCGCAACCAGUCGCACGUCCCUUCAGCAGCCCCGUGGCUUUCUUCGUCGUGAAAUAAUAUUCCACCCCUGCCCGCUGCGGCCGUUCUUUCACCGUUUGUUUCUGUGUGAGCAGCUACGCUACCGGCUCGCCCCGCGCACGCGGCACACGCAAGGAAAUCCUUGGGGCCGGUCUGCUUUGCUUCGUCUAAAUCUUCACCCUUCAACUGGCCGUUCUCGAUAUCUGCGCCCGUCCGCAACCGCCGGCCAACACCAUGGCGGGUCUCUUCAGGCGCAUCUAUGAUUGGUUGCUCCGUCUCUUUUGGGCAACCGAGAUGGACAUAACCAUGAUCGGCUUGCAAAACGCUGGCAAGACAUCGUUGCUUAGAGUACUAGCGGGUGGUGAAUUCACCAUUAACUCUAUACCCACCGUCGGUUUCAACAUGAAGCGUGUUCAAAAAGGACAUGUGACCCUAAAAUGCUGGGACCUCGGUGGUCAGCCGCGCUUCCGCUCGAUGUGGGAGAGAUAUUGCAGGGGAGUAAAUGCCAUCGUCUAUAUCGUUGACUCUGCCGACAAGGAAGCACUGCCCAUUGCCAAGGAGGAGCUUCACCUGCUAUUGGAGAAGCCAGCCUUGGAAGGCAUACCGUUGCUAGUAUUAGGCAACAAGUCAGACUUGCCUGAGAAGCUUUCUGUUGACGAGUUGAUUGAUGCGUUGGAGCUCAAAUCUGUCUCUCGCCGUGAAGUAAGCUGCUAUGGUAUUAGCGCAAAAGAAGAAACGAACCUGGAUGCCGUGCUGCAAUGGCUGAUCGCCAAAGCAAAGUGAGUCAGGGUCGGUAUUUUCUACGAGGCUAGCCGAGAAUAUUAUGACGAUAUACGAGACCAUUGCUUUUGUUGAGGUGAACCUUACCUUAGUUCCAUACGAUUUUACGACAGCGUUAAGAAACACCACAUGCCAGCGAUGGCCAGAAGAUUUCUAUGGCGCGAAGCCCAUAUCUGCUUCAUUGGCAUAUUUAGGAUUCACGAUUCUUUACGGAUGGCCUGAGCUGAUUGAUGUCAGUUCGCUGCUCGGCAGUACUUUUUUUUCGAUUGGAUGAUAGUAACAAAGCCGACUUGGAGCGUAUGACAGCGUAACGUUAGGGGUAGUAUUUUUAAUGCUCUACAUUUGUGGUUACUUUCAGAUGGACGCUGUGAUCUGGCAUGCAUCGCAGUCGAGUUCAAUAUAAGCAUCAACCGAAGUCACAGAGCUCUU